AGUCAAUAGAUAUAAGCAGCUAUCAUUCGAGCGCAUUUACUUCGUACUCUUACUUGGUAUGCGGAGGGAGAUUACGUCUUCAUGGGACUUUAUAGAAGCGCGUUUGUUGAUACAAACAAAAACUUGAUCAUGAACUCAUGGGCAUCCAGCAAUUCCAAUGAUCAAGCAAUUCAUCGAUGCAGAGCAAAGAAUCGCAUGUUAAUCUUCUGUCGUCUUUCAAACACGGUCAGGUUGGCCUUGCCCUACUCUCAAGAGGCAGAGUUCGCCUUUGUGGACCCGAGACUGCAAAUAAUAUAGUCUUGCAGACCUGUUUACUUUCCCCGCACAAGUCCACUCGCAAACUCUCUGAUACUUUUACCCUACGACGAAGUGUACGGCUUCAGCCACAGGUUGAAUGAGAGCCGGGCUUGUGUACUCAUCUUCACUUCACCCCUGCAUGAGCCACAUCAAGCCUACUGAGCAUGUGCACAGUUCACACGCUUUCGAUCGCAUACCUCCCACCAAACACACCAUGCAAGCGUCAGACGGAAGCAGCCCUGGCGCACGAAGCGCGCUCUUGGCCAUGGCCGACAACCUGCAGCUCCACCCAAUCAUCAUAGCCCGAGCGCUCGAGUACGCCUUCGACAACAUCUCGUCAUUCCCAACCACUGAACAAGCUCUCUGCUUUGGCAUUGUUCGACAAGGACACUACGUGGAUAUGCAGGUUCUGGAUCUUGCGCUACAUAGGCUGAGGACAGAUUAUGGAGGCGUUUUCCAUGUUCCCGUCGUACAUAACGGUGCUCUGGGACACUGGAAGGGGCAUGGGCAGUCGCCGUACGCUGCAGUGAAUGCGCGUAGGCAAGCUGGUAACUCGGAUGCUUCUACAUCGUCACACAAUUCCAGAGUCCAGGAGGGCGGCGGGUAUCAGAAUACAUCUGUCUUGUCUGCUCUCCCUCGUAUUGGCUCCUGGCCUAUGCCGCAGUCAAGACGUCCCAACUCCAGGACACCGGUUGCAAACUCCUUAGUUGGCCCUCGCGGUGUCGCUGAGAGGCGACCAGCCGGACAUUUCGGUGCUGUUUGAUGAUGUGACGACAGAUGCCAAAAAUUGGAGCAUCUCUGAUAGCGAGCUUCCUCCAAGCUGCGUUCAUGUGCUAACGCUGGCUCUGGG